CGUGUUUGGCGGGACACUAUUCAAUAUAACACCAACACAAAGGUUUUGGUACGACACGUAAAGCCGUCUGGUGGGAAAAGUGGACCGUCAUGGAAGGUAGACCGACCAGAGUCAGGGGAGGAGGUUGGAAAAGAGGUGGCCGCGGCGGAAACGACGGUGGCAGGUUUGGUGGUGAACACAGAGGCAGAAGCAGAGGCAGAGGAGGCCACCACCGCGGCCGGGGCACAAAAGAUCACCACCGCGGUCGUGGACGUGGCGGAAAUGUACAUGCAACGGAAUUCCAACACCGGAGUGAAGUUGAAGAGGGUGACUUUGAUGAAGAGGGUCACAGUACAGUUUUCUCCAGGAGGAAACUGCAGUCCAACUGGGACCGUUAUGAAGAUUCGGAGACGCAGGAAACCCCUGACAACAUGCCCACUCUAAGAGGAACUGACUAUCAUGUCCUGCUGGGCUCUGCAGGGGAUUGCUUCACUCAAUUCCGCUUUUCUGAAGAAAAAGACUGGGAGAAGGACACAUUUUCAUCCAGUCAGAUGUCUACCAUGUUUGUGGACCUCCCAGCAUUGGCCCAGAGGCUUGAACAAGUGCCUCUUCAUCAGAGACUCAACCUGGAAGCUGAGCUAGUUCAGGUUUCAACACCAGUCAACCUGCCCACAAUGACUUUGGCCCCCCAACAGGAGAAGCCCAAGCUCUCCUCAUUCACACCUCCAUCCCUAGCUUCGAAAGACCCUAGCACCGCUCUUAAUACCACCAAGACUUUAAGCCUAGCUGCCAGCGCUGACUUUCAGGCUCCCUCGAGUGCCGUUACGCCCUCGGCGGACGACGUGGAUGAAGAGCUGGACCAGCUGCUCACUUUAGCGAAACCGUUGUGUCCUGUCUCAGGAGGCCAGCCUGUCAACGUUGAGAGCACUGGUGUGCUGAAAGAGUUAGACACAGUGACUGAGGUGCUAAUUGAAGAGAAGAUGGAGGAGACCAAAGACGACCAAAUUGCACCUCCCGUGUCCGCUUCUGUCAAGCAGGAAAUGACUGAGGAGGACCUGGAGGACUGGUUGGACAGCAUGAUCUCCUGACCGUCACAGCGAGGUGGAUCGUAGCAAAGACAGGAGCUACAAGCAAAAACCUGGACUGAAAUUUGCCAUGCCGAUAUGGAGGCUGCAAUGCCCAAACAUGCGAAUGUUGCAUCCAUCUAGAGCUAAAAUUUAGUGCAUUUAAAAUCUAUAAAUACUGUGCGCACGCGCACACACACACAUACACCUAUGUUAGCAACCAAAAUGGUCAUUAAUUUAAAAGGGUACAAAUGUGUAGGCCUCUAUACGCCAAGGAACCAUAUUUGGUUAGUUGAGCACCCAGCCAAUCAAAAAAGAGAAGUAGUGGGAAUAAUACAAAUGUAAAUUAAUUAAAUAUAAAGAUAAUACAAUUAUUGUAACUACAAUGAUGAUUAAACAUUUUGAAUCAUUACUUAAAGGGGACAGAAGAAAAUUGGAAGCCCUAUUAUGUUAAAGCCAAAAGACCUGCAGUGUUACCAUGUGCAGGAUCUGCCCAUUCAUUGACAAGUGUAAUUUGGCGGCUUGGUGGUAGUGCUCCCUCCAUGGGUGAAAAUAUAAAUUGUGCUGUCACUUCUUCCUCAUGGGGGCUUGCUUUUGUGUACAUAAAAUGGGGCUGCUUGCGAACAAGUAGCCAAUCACCUCGUCGCAGUGCCCCAGCUUUUCCCUGGUUGUCAUGGUAACGAACAGUUUUAAAUUGUCGCCUUUAAGUAAGUGUUUGCAAUGAGUGUCCCGUCAGGGGCCUUUUUUUUUUUUUUUUUUUUUUUAAAACCUUUGACUGAUAAGAUAAUGCAUGUCAGUAUUAUAUCAGAUUGAGAACAUGUAGGUCACUAUCAAAGGGAUUAGCUGCUUAAGUGACGAGUCAUGUUUUAUUGCCUCAGUUUACUUUAUUCAUUCCCGUCUCUCGUUUGAACAAAUGCAAAACUACUACAUGUGUGUGUAUAAUGUAUAUUUCCAUAAAACAGCAGCUGAUGUGGCAUCAAUGUGUUUUUCUUUUGUUCUCUGUUUGGCUCUUCUGUUGUGGAAACAAGUGCAGACAGGCAGCAUAAGAAAAAACUGAACAUUUUACACGUCUAGAUUUUAUAUAACAAAUGUUUUUUUUUUCUUUCACAUAAAAGCCACAAAAUUAGCAUAAGCAUGAGCACUGUCUGUGUCAAGAGGGACAAAAAUGUCUUGUUUUUUUGUGUGUGCAUAGUUUCUUAAAAGGCACCUUGGCAUUUAAAGUGACGAGUCAUGUUUAAACAGAUUUUUAAAAGGCAGAUAUGAGGUUUAAUUUCUGUAUCAGCGGCGAUCAAAAAUAAGUACUGUAAUUUCUCGUGUAUAAUGCGCAUUUCCCCCCCCAAAAAAUUGUCAAGUCAAUAGUGUGCAUUAUACAUAGGGAAUGAACAACAACCAUCAUUCAGUUCUUUAUGGUUCUGUUUUAUUUAAUGAUAAUGCUUUUCUGAAAUGCUUGACCGUUUAAUUUGAAUCCCAUUAAAAUAAAAUUAAAUGUU